CUCUAGAAACCGGAAAUGUGCGACGCUCCAUGGUCCAAAAAGGCUCUUUCGCGUCGCGCUUCCGACGAUUUCCGGCGGCCGCUCUCGCGGGAUUGGCUGUUGGCGGCGUUGCGGCUGAGCUCGUGUGCGGCGGCGGCGGUGUUGAGCGGCGGCUGCAGCAAAGCGUUUGGCGCGAUGUCUCACACCAUUUUGUUGGUACAGCCUACCAAGAGACCAGAAGGCAGGACUUACGCGGACUAUGAGUCUGUGAAUGAGUGCAUGGAAGGUGUUUGUAAAAUGUAUGAAGAACAUCUGAAGAGAAUGAAUCCCAACAGCCCCUCCAUCACAUACGAUAUCAGUCAGUUGUUUGACUUUAUCGAUGAUCUGGCAGAUCUCAGCUGUCUUGUUUACCGAGCUGAUACACAGACGUACCAGCCUUAUAACAAAGACUGGAUCAAAGAGAAGAUCUACGUGCUCCUUCGUCGACAGGCCCAACAGGCUGGGAAGUAGUUGAGUUGGAAGCAUUGGGGGCUGAGGGUGGGCUUGGAACAGGUGCAUACAGCGUGCUGUAGUGAACAUUUUGUAUGAUAGUAACCCUGUUUCCAUUUUGUUACUAGAGCCAAGAUUGAAUGUAUGACACGAUAGUGAAUGAUCUUUUCAUUCGAAACCACCGUUGCCCCUUUGCUCCUUUCCUUUCUUUUUUUACUUAAACAUUUUUAUGAUAAUUCAGAGAGAAAGUGUUCUUGGCCAGUUAAGGUUGGUUCCAGUCCUGGAAACUGUUUGUAUCUGCUUUACAGCAGUGAGUGCACUAACCCUUUGUGGGGGGUAGGGAUGGUGACAGCUUAGUUAUGUCCUCUGGGAAAGUCUUAGUGAAAAAUAAAAAAUGUUCUGUA